AUGGCUGAUUUUACAGAUUCUCUUAUUAAAAAUAUAGGUGCACAUUCAUCUAAACCUAUGAUGGCAUCGAUGAAUAUGGGACAAUUAGGAGAAAAGCUUCGUCAAGCACUUCAUUAUGAAGGGAAUGUAACUUCAACUCUUGAUCAAAGUGAGGAUGGCAUUUUACCAAAUACACCUUUAAUUUUUAAUGAUGAUGUAGAAAGUGGGGCCUUUAAAGCAUUUGAAAUUAUGAUGAAGGCAAGCUCUCCAAAAUGGAUGCAUCGUGUUAACUUUGAUGUUAGCGGCGGUGAUAAGGAAAUUCAAGUCUUUGUAUAUGAUCGUGGUAAUAAAUUGCCUAAUGGUGAAGAUCGUUUCUUGGGUAUGUCUAGUAUUAAACCCAACUUGAAGAACAAGAAGACAGUUGAAUUGAUUUUCCCUCUUUGCGCUCGUCCUGAUGAUGACCAAGAAGUGACAGGCGAUGUUCGUCUUCAAGUCACAUACACAAACAAUGCAAAGGUCUACCUUAAACCCGAAGAUUUUCGUAUUGUUCGUAUGAUUGGACAAGGCUCAUUAGGGAAGGUAUAUGAAGUAGUGAAGCGAGAUUCUGGUUGUACAUAUGCUAUGAAGGUCUUAUCCAAGCGUCUUUUGUUAGCAGAGGAUGAAGUGGAUACAGCCUUCAAUGAACGUAAUGUUCUCGUCCAAUCUCUUUCUAAUCCAUUUAUUGCCAACCUUAAAUAUAGUUUCCAAACAACACAUCAUCUUUUCCUUAUUAUGGAUUAUUUCCGUGGUGGAGAAUUAUUUGACUUUUUAGAACGUGAAGGUUGUUUAAGUGAAAAGCGAUGCCAUUUCUUUGCAGCUGAAAUUGUAUGUGCCCUUGAACAUAUUCAUGCUAAUCAUAUCGUGUAUCGCAAUUUGAAACCUGAAAGCAUCUUGUUAGAUGCUCAUGGUCAUCUUGCCUUGACUGAUUUUGGACUCUGUAAGAUAUUGAAGACGAGAACAGAUUUAGUGCAAGAAGAUGAUAGCAGUAAUAGUAGUAGUGUACUCAGUAAGAUGACACCAGAAUAUGUAUCACCUGAAAUAAUAAUGAAGAAACCCUAUGGUAUGGCUGCUGAUUGGUGGAGUUUAGGUAUCUUGAUGUUUGAACUCUUAACAGGAUCCCCUCCUUUCCAUUCCAUGGAUUCAAAUGAACUUCAUCAACAAAUCCUUGAGGCACCCGUCAAGUUCCCCUCUGGUGGUUGUAUCUCUGAAGAAGCCAAGGACUUUGUUUAUCGAUUACUUGAACGUGACCCAAAAAAACGUUUAGGUUCACAAGGAGAUGCUGCAGAGGUGAAGGCACAUCCUUUCUUUAAGGAUGUCCGUUGGGAUCUGGUUUACGAAAAACAGAUGCAACUUCCUUUUACUCCUGAAGUAGAAGAACAAUUAAAUGAAGAGGCUAUUGCAACUGCCUCUGCUAUUGGUAUUCCAAUGACUAAAAUGGAAUCCAACUCAUCAUCGUCCUCUACAAACUUGCCUAUUGCGGAUCAAUCCAAAUUUAAAGGAUUUAGUUAUGUUCGUGAAGAAACGAAUCUAGUUAAAUUAGGAACUCAUCGUCUUGGUAUUCAUCCUGAAGAUGAAGAUCCUGAAAUUGAUUUCUGGUUUAGACAGUAA